CAUGAAGAAUAUGAACCUCAGCCAAUGAGCAACCCUUCCCCAGGGUCCUGUAUAGUCUCAGACACUUACAGUCUUGUACUAGAGUUUGCCCUUUCAAUCCUGGAGAAGAUGCAAGCUCAGGAGAUCCUGAGGAGUCUGCGACUGCCAGAGUUGGAUGAUUUCAGCCAGUUUUUGCGUAACUUGCCGGCCACCACAUUAGUGGGUAUCGGGGCCUUUGCUGCUCUGCUGGCCUAUUGGUUUGCUAAUCGGCCAAAAGCUGUUAAGCCACCAUGUGACCUCCUGAUGCAGUCUGAAGAAGCAGAGGGCUUUGAUGGAGCUCGGCGGUCUGUGAUCGGAGGCAGCCCUAAACUGCUGAACCAUUACUACGAUGAUGCUCGGACCAUGUAUGAAGUCUUCCAGAGGGGGCUGAGCAUCUCUGGAGAUGGUCCCUGCCUUGGAUCCAGGAAGCCCAAGCAGCCAUAUCAGUGGUUGUCCUACAGAGAGGUGGCAGACAGAGCAGAGUUUCUGGGAUCAGGACUCCUCCAACAUGACUGUAAACCAUCAACAGAACAGUUUAUUGGUGUCUUUGCUCAAAACCGGCCAGAGUGGAUCAUCUCGGAGCUGGCCUGCUACACCUACUCCAUGGUGGUGGUUCCACUAUAUGACACCUUAGGCCCCGGUGCCAUUCGCUACAUUAUCAACACAGCUGAUAUUGCCACAGUGAUUUGUGAUAAACCCGAAAAAGCCAUCCUUCUCCUGGAACAUGUGGAGAGAAAGGAAAUUCCUGGCCUGAAAUUCAUUAUUCUCAUCGAAUCACUUGAAAAGGACUUGAAAGAAAGAGGGAAGAAAUGUGGCGUGGAGAUUCAGUCCAUGAAAGAAGUUGAGGAUUGUGGACGAGAAAAUCAUCACCCUCCUGUGCCUCCUCGACCAGAAGACCUUUCAAUCGUGUGUUUCACUAGUGGUACCACAGGGAACCCGAAAGGUGCGAUGCUCACUCAUGGGAAUGUGGUUGCUGAUUUUUCAGGCUUUCUGAAAGUCACAGAGAGUCAGUGGUCACCCACUUGUGAGGAUGUACACAUUUCCUAUUUGCCUUUAGCACACAUGUUUGAGAGAAUGGUACAGUCAGUAGUGUACUGCCAUGGGGGAAGAGUUGGAUUCUUCCAAGGAGACAUUCGCCUUUUGUCAGAUGACAUGAAAGCUCUACAUCCCACUAUCUUCCCAGUGGUCCCCAGACUGCUGAACAGAAUGUAUGACAAGAUCUUCAGCCAAGCAAAUACUCCAUUGAAACGGUGGCUCCUGGAAUUUGCAGCAAAGCGUAAGAAGGCUGAAGUUCGAAGUGGAAUCAUUAGAAAUGAUAGUAUAUGGGAUGAGCUUUUUUUUAAUAAGAUUCAGGCUAGUCUUGGUGGGUGUGUUAGAAUGAUUGUCACUGGAGCAGCUCCUGCAUCUCCCACAGUUUUGGGUUUUCUUCGUGCAGCCCUGGGGUGUCAGGUAUAUGAAGGUUAUGGCCAAACUGAGUGUACAGCUGGGUGUACCUUCACAACUCCAGGGGACUGGACCUCAGGUCAUGUGGGUGCACCAUUACCCUGCAAUUACAUCAAACUGAUAGAUGUGGAAGAACUGAACUAUUUUGCCUCCAAAGGAGAGGGAGAGAUCUGUGUGAAAGGCCCAAAUGUUUUCAAAGGUUAUCUCAAAGACAAGGAGAAGACUGAUGAAGCACUGGACAAGGAUGGCUGGCUUCAUACUGGAGAUAUUGGGAAGUGGUUACCUACAGGAACUCUUAAAAUUAUUGAUCGGAAAAAGCACAUAUUUAAACUUGCUCAGGGAGAAUACAUUGCUCCAGAAAAGAUUGAAAAUAUCUACAUUCGAAGUGAACCCGUAGCUCAGACGUACGUGCAUGGAGACAGCUUACAGGCCUUCUUGGUGGGUAUUGUUGUGCCUGAUUCUGAAGUCAUGCCUAGUUGGGCGAAGAAGAGAGGAUUUGAUGGGACGUAUGCAGAGCUCUGUCAAGACAAGGAGCUGAAGCAAGCUAUAAUGGAUGAUAUGGUAAGACUAGGAAAAGAAAGUGGACUUCAUUCCUUUGAACAGGUUAAAGCUAUUUACAUACACUCUGACAUGUUCUCAGUACAAAAUGGCUUGCUGACACCAACACUAAAGGCUAAGAGACCAGAACUGAGAGAUUACUUCAAAAAACAAAUAGAAGAGCUUUAUUCAACCUCAAUGUGAAGUCUGAGGGCAGUUCCUAACAGACUGGACGGUGUAGCAAUAUCCUAGUAAUGCUUGAAAGAGCAGUCAGAUGAUUCAUUUGAAAGUGACUAAGCACUUGACCUUAUGACUGAGCCUUUCUUGUUCCAAGAAAUCUUUAACAAUAUUUUCUCUAUCAUCACUGAGCAUCAUUUAUUUUUAUUGAACUGACAUUGUAACAGGCUGCUACAAAUAUGGCAUAUGACAAUGUAAUGAUAUUAAGACAUUAUCUCCAGUAUGGUAUAUCACUAAAAUUAGUAUAUGUGUAUAUAAAAUCUCAAUGUUCAGAGAAAUCCUAUUAAACAUGGAGGGAAAAACUAUAAUUGAAAUAUUCUACCUAAUUAUUUGCAAGCUAGUCACAAGAUGAAACAUGUACUUAGGCAAGUUUGGUCUACCUCAUUUAAUAACAUACUCAAAAAUCACAUGUAAGUCUUUAAAUUUGGUGUUUAAUGAAUCUUGUUCUAAUAGUAAAUCUUGUUCAAAGCAGAAAGCACCUUCCACAUUUGGCAGAACUUCAAUGUCUCUCAACAUUAACUAAUCCUUAUUGACAUGAUCAACACACAUUUCAGGCCAAGGAGCAAGUCAUCUCUGUUUCACGCUUAGUUAUAAUCAUGAGAAAAAACCAGGGGUAAACCAUACAGGGAUUGCUCAGAAAGAUAUAUUACUAACAUCUUUCCAGGAUGAUGUCUGUAUAUUCAUGGACUUUCAAGUGGCACAAACUCUUACAGGUUAUAUUUUCUGGCUCUCCAAAAGGCCCUGUGAGAAAGACUUGAAAGCAACAACAACAAACAACAAAACAACCUACUUCUCAGGGUGGAAUAUUGUUAAUGUAAAUAAGCUAGCUCCCUGCUAGAAUAUUCCAGUCAUCCACUCUAAACUGUGAAUGCUAACACUAGCAAACCCAAUUAGAUGAGCAGUUCUAUCUAGCCAUAGAUAGAUUAAGAUAGAACCUGGAACUGGCCAAUCAUAUAAAAUAUGCAAAAUACUUACUUGCUUGAGAUGAAAAGAGAGCUUUGGUUUCUUAUUACUAUACUACUAUACAGGAUGGGGUACCAUUCCCCAAAGGAAAUAUGGUUCCACAUCUCAUAUAGUUUUGAAUUUAGAGUUCAACAACCUCCUGCAAAUAGCUCCUAAAAAAAUACCAUGAUACAGCUUGGAGUAUGGAAAUGUGUUUAAGGCCACCCAUCUCUUAACAUCUCUGAAUGGUUUUUCUCAUAUUAUGGCUACUAUGGCUGUCUUUCUUUCUGCAAUGGGGAAACAAAGUCCUCUAUGUGGAUAUCAUCAGUUUCAUACAGCAUGAGCCCAGUUAACAUGGAGAGCAAUUUAAAUUAAACAACAAUCAUUCUUCUCCUGGGAAGGUUAGAACUCCAAGAAAGAGAGGACAAAAUAUUUUUCCCCUUUUAGAGAUUCUGUGACUGGAAGGCAAAGGUGCUGAGUGAUUCAACAACCAAGCAACCAGAGAUGCUCUUUUUGGCCAGAGGGGAUCCUCACUUUUUGUAAAUAAAUUCAGUCACUUAGAAUCUACAUACAUAUGUGGGCCUGCUUAAUGAAUGCCUGCUGAAGCAACAAUCUGAUAUUUGUUUUUCAGCCCAGACUGGAAUGGACUAAACCUUCAAUCUAAAAUCUGAUGUAUCUAUCUUAUCUGUCACAUACUUUAACAUUUCUCUCAAAUUCCAUUGCAUGCUUUUGCAAGUUUAAUAAACAGAAUGAAUGAACUAGCUGUAUGCAGACUGGCAAAUUACAUUUAUGGAUGAGAAAUACUCAAAAUGUAAAAAGAUUGCAUCUAUAUUGCAUUGAUAUUUCUUUAUAUAGAAUUUGACUAAUCAAAUGCUGAAUUCACUGUUUGACUGAUAUUGAUGCAAUUUUUCAGGCAAGUGUCUUGUUUCUUAAUUAAACAGAAUGAAAAAGAAGCUACUUCCAAUUGUUCUUCCACUGUGGUAUGAACUUCAUUAUUUACCUUUAUUUCCAAGAGAAUCUUACAUGAACAAAAAAGUGCAAAAGUAUUUUUGUACAAAAAAGAGAAACCCUAUUUUUAUCUGUACCUACUAACUCUAGUUAAUUAUUAGUAAAAAUAUAACCAGUUUUCUCUCACUUCACAGAUCUACUGGUUUUUGUCUUUCUUGAAUCAUAGAAAUGAUCACAUAUGGCUACAGAAUGAGAGUAGUUAGCAAGUGUUGAAUUGAAAUGAAUGGCAUGGGUCCUAAAUAUGUUGCAUGCUACAUUGAUAUGUCCGUAUCGACUAAUACUACCUAAUUUCCUAAUGAAAGACAAUCAAGGCAACAUUUUCUUAGUGCAAGUCUUGAAUGCCACAAAUCAGCAUUCUUUAUCUAGACAGAAAAAGGUGAAUUGUUUUAGUAGUCAAGAUAGGAAAAAGCCAUACUGGAAAUAUUUAACCAUCCCUUAACAGAUUCAUAUUAACUGUUAGUCCCUUAGAUUUCACUAACUGUGGUGGUAUAAUCCCACAGUGUUCUUGUUCAACUGGCAGGGUCUUAACCUGGUCUUAAGUACAUUCAGCCUUUUAGCUUGCUUCUCAUUCAAGCUAUGCUUAUUAUUCUCAUCAUUUGCUGAAGAUAUAAAUUUCUAACAUUCUUUUACAGUACCAUGGAUACUCUCAAAUAUAACUUGAAUUCAUUUUAUUCACUUUGCCCACAAAGGCUGUCUUGUUAAUCUACAUUCAGGUUAAUUCCAACAAAAAAGAAUAUGCACAUAGCAUCCAAUGUCAGUUAUAUGCAAGCUGUCCUGCAAUCUGCCAUAUGCUAAAAACCUGGAAAUAAAUAGUGAAUUCCCACAAUUCAAAUAAAUCAUUUUAGGGGCCUAAACUUACAGAACUGCAAAAAAAGAAAAAUAAACUUUUUUCAUUACAAACGUGAAUUUUUUACAUAUAAAAUUCUUACUGGGUAAUAACAGUUUUAGUGGCUCAGUGUCAUCACCUUGGAUUUUAUCUUACUAUAUACAUAGUAAAAUAAAUGACAUUUUUCUGCUAUGAAGAAAAAUUAACUUAACCUUUAUUUUCCAUGUGUGUAAAUCAUACAAUUUUGAUCUAUUUGUAUUGAAUAUAAAACCCUUUAAGAGAUGAAUGUAAAGAAAGGAGAAAAGUACUAUUUUUGAAUGAAACAGGACCACUUAAAAACUUAUUUAUUCCUCAGGAAAAAGAACUGAUGAAGACUUUCCCAUACAAUUGAUAUCUGUUCAUAUAUCUAAGCUGGCUAUAUUUCUUUUACUUGUUUUUAUUAUAAAGUAACAUUUCUAUGGAAAUAAAAGAGGAUAUUGGUUGUCCAAAGAGUUCAUCAUUUGUAUUGCAUAGUCUUUACUAUGACAUUUCAAUUUUUGCAACCAGCAAGGGAUUAAAGUUUAAGAAUUAAAUAAACCAGAAAUGAGAUUUUUUCUGUUAUACCACCUUAGGAGCAAAAAAGAAAAAGCAUGUAAGCACUUUGGAUAUGAAUCUCUGUGAUAUUGGUCCUAUUAGAAAAAGUUUUCAUGAUGAUAAUGGUGGCUUUUAAACCCUUCACUUGACUGAUUAUUUUGACUUUUCUUUUUUUAGUAAUCAAAACAACCUUUUUUUAAAAGGCAUUUUCGUAAGUUUUGCUUAUUCUAAUUUUACUUUUUUAAAAGUGAGGGGAUUAAAAUAUUACACAAAUAUGUACGUGUCUUAAUUGUAAUGACAUUUUUGGUUUUGUUAUAGUAGCAUGUAUAUUUAGAAUAUAAAAUGCAUUUAUGAAAACUUUUGUAAAGAAAUAAAGAUAUCUCAAUUUUCAAA